AAUUUCUGGCAAGUGGGUAGGAAAUUGCUCCUCUACACAGCCUGACACUGUGGGCAGGCAGCGAGACCGAGAGCAUAAGAAGUCCGGGCUGGGCCGACGGCAGAACCCCGGUGCGCCGCGGAAGACAUGGCCAGCUGCCUAGGAGCCCAUGGGAACUGGAGGCCUCGGGGAGUCUUCAGAGCCGCCCAGCUUCUCUGCCUCAGUGCCCUGAUCUCCGAGCUGACGGGCCAGUGCGGCGUGGCGGCGUGGACCUACAACUACAGCAGCAGCCCCUACUCGUGGAACUCCUCCCGCCUGUUCUGCCAGCGGUUCUUCACGGAUCUGGUGGCCAUCCAGAACAAAGACGAGAUCGCCUACCUUAACGACGUCCUACCUUACUACAAGGACUACUACUGGAUCGGGAUCCGGAAGAUCAACAAUAACUGGACCUGGGUGGGGACCAAAAAGACCCUCACCAAGGAGGCCGAGAACUGGGCCGACGACGAGCCCAACAACAAGAAGAACAACCAGGACUGCGUGGAGAUCUACAUCAAGAGCGUGUCGGCCCCCGGCAAGUGGAACGACGAGCCGUGCGGGAAGAGGAAGCGGGCGCUCUGCUACACAGCCUCCUGCCGGGAUGCGGCCUGCAGCCGACAAGGGGACUGCAUCGAGACCAUCGGGAACUACACCUGCUCCUGCUACCCCGGCUUCUACGGACCGGACUGCGAAUACGUCAGGGAGUGCGGGGCCCUGGAGCUCCCCCAGCGCGUGCUCAUGAACUGCAGCCACCCCCUGGGAGACUUCUCCUUCCACUCACAGUGCAGCUUCCACUGCGCCGACGGGUACACCCUGGACGGAGCCCGCGAGCUGGAAUGCUUGGCUUCGGGAACCUGGUCCAACAAGCCCCCGAGCUGUGUGGCCACCCCGUGCCCACCGCUGCGGCCCCCCGAGCGAGGCAGCAUGCGCUGCCUGCACGCUGCGGGUGCGCCCCCCGGCCAGUCCAGCUGCAGCUUCAGCUGCGAAGAGGGAUCCGUCCUGGUUGGGCCGGAGCUGGUGCAGUGCACAGCCUCGGGGGUGUGGACGGCCUCGCCCCCCGUGUGCAGAGCCGUUGCCUGCGAGCCCCUGGCGAGUCCCGCCCAUGGGAGCGUGGCCUGCGCCCCGUCCUCGGGACCAUUUCAGCACAACGCCAGCUGCAGCUUCCGCUGUGCGGGCGGCUUCGUGCUGAGCGGAGCCGACACGGUCCGGUGUGCCGGCACGGGGCAGUGGACGGCGCCAGCCCCAGUCUGCCAAGCUCUGCAGUGCCAGGGUCUGCGGGCUCCCGACAGGGCCCGGAUGAACUGCACCCACCGCUUCGGUGCCUUUCAGUACCAGUCCACCUGCAGCUUCGCCUGUGACGAAGGCUCGGUCCUGGCGGGCGCCAGCGAGCUGCAGUGCCUGGCGACGGGGGCCUGGAGCGCGCACCUUCCAGAGUGCCGAGCCGUUACCUGCACACCGCUGCCAAGCCCAAAGAAUGGAACGGUGACCUGUGACCAGCCUCUGGGACAUUCCACUUACAAGUCCACUUGUCACUUCACCUGUGAUGAGGGAUUCUCUCUCACGGGACUACAAAGUCUGGACUGCACUGCAUCUGGACACUGGACAGGCCUCCCACCGACGUGUGAAGCCAUCAGGUGCCCAGAACUACUCGCCCCAGAGCGGGGCAGGCUGAAUUGUUCCGACACGCGCGGAGAAUUCAACGUGGGCUCCACCUGCCGUUUCUCCUGCCAAGAGGGUUUUCGGCUGGAGGGGUCCGACAGCGUCACAUGCGCAGCAUCUGGGAGGUGGACGGCACCCCUGCCGACCUGCAAAGGGGCAACGGCGGCUCCCAUGCCAGCAGUGCGAUGCCCGGCCCUCGUCACUCCGGAGCAGGGCACCGUGUCCUGCAGACACCGCCUGGCAGCCUUCGGGCCGGACACCACCUGUUCCUUCGGAUGCCAAGCCGGGUUCACGCUCAGGGGAGAGAGGGAGCUCCGAUGCAGGCCGUCGGGACAGUGGACAGCAGCGACGCCAGCCUGCGCAGCUGUCAAAUGCCCUGAGCUGCCCGUUGCGGACCCGCUGCUGAUGAACUGCUCGGACCCUUGGGGGCAGUUCAGCUAUGGGUCAGCCUGCACCUUCCACUGUCCAGAGGGGCAACCGCUCACUGGCUCGGCGAGGACAGCGUGCCAACACACAGGCCAGUGGUCCGCGGCUGUGCCCACCUGCCAAGCGGGGCCUCUGACUGUCCAGGAAGCUCUGACUUACUUUGGGGGCGCAGUGGCCUGUGCCACAGGCUUGGCAAUCGGUGGGACCCUCCUGGCUCUGCUAAGAAGGCGCUGCAGGCAGAAAGAUGAUGGGAAAAGCCCCUUGAGCCCUCACAGCCAGCUGGGCACCUACGGAGUUUUUUCAAAUGCUGCGUUCGACCCGACCCCUUAAGGAAACGGAAUGAUUUUCAUUUAUCUUGGUUCGUUUUCAAGUACGUGUCCUUCUGCGGGUCCCUCGGCCUCAGAAGACUCCUGCCGUCGAACGCCGCCAGGCUUCCUGCAAGACUUGACAAACUGGAGCGUGUUUGCUGCGGUUUUCUGCAAAUGUUUGUGCACGAAGGACAUGGCAUUUCCCUGAGAUUAGCUCUGGACCAGGGCAGAGGGCCUGCGCCACGAGCCCGCGCACCCCACCCAUCACCCUUCCGGCUCCGCCUCCCCGCCUCCUCCAGCACAAGCCUCCACGCGGGCGGGUGGGCGGGCCGCAGGGCCGCAGUCUGUGACGGGCUUCGCCCUGGCUGUCACCCGGAAUACGAAUUAGCCAAAGACUAGGGCAUCUGAGUCACCAGAAGACUGCCCUGGGGAGACGUGAAAGGGCGUCUGUAUUUUUGGGGUUGGAGGGAGGCAUCCUGUACUUUUUCGGAGGGCGGGAAGGGUGUGUCUGGCCAGGGAACUGUCCGUAGGCCCUCGGGGUCUCUGGUGCGGCUGCUGGGGACGCCCCUUAGCCCUCUGCUGCUGAGGCAUCCAGGGACACUGCAGAAGGCGGAGGAUGAAGACAGGAAGGCGCAGGCCACUGUAGCUGGUCCCCCCACUUGUCACUCUCUCCCCCAAAGACCAAUACUCAAAUGUGUCAUGAACAGGCCUCCCCCCAAAUGCCAUGUUCUAUCAUUUGGUGUUUUGUCCAAUAAGGUCUGUGUCCAUCGCUUUGUUUACAUCCAUGUGACUCAGAAUUACCACCGUCCCCUUUACUGUCUGACCCGUCGGUGGGUCAGAGAGUAUGUACCGUACCGCCUCCCCGCAAGGAGCAGGCCAGAGGCGCACCACGGGUCUUCAUCACCUGAACGUCCUACAGGGAAGCACGGGCGUGUUGCACACACCCUGCAGAUCACAUUCCAAUAAAUAGGUUGUUGAAAGUCGCACGGCGGUCAUCGGGAGCCAAUCAGGUAUCGAGAGGCCCACAAGGCAGCCCUCUGGUCUCUGUGACACGUGAGGCCGGGGACCUGUCACGCAGGCGGGAUGACACGCAAGCAAAUGUGCAAAUAAAAAUGGCAGAACAGUCUAAGUCAAGAGCACAGACUUUUACAAGAACUCUGGUAGUAAGCGUGGGAUGGAGGGACGCCGUGCUCUCGUGUACUGUCGCCGGCAUCUCCGACUGCCGGUCGCUAGGGUGGGGCUCACCGUAGGACUGUGGUUCUCGGCCCUGUCUCCAGGGUCUGAGUCACAUUUUGCCAAAGCUCCCCGGGAACCUGAUAUCACAGGCACAGAAGGGUGCUCUGCUCCUGAAUAGUGCACAGUCUCGCUGGGGAGAUGACAGACACCCGCCCAAAGUAUGAAAGGGUAAUCAGCACGACCUGUGAUUUGGAUAGUGUUGUAGGAGCCACGAGAGGGAAAAGUCCACCUGGGCCCAGAAUCAAGGAGACGGUAGGACUCUGAGUGGGCGUCAAGGAGUGGGCAGAACGGGCGCUCUGAGUGGGUAGAGUCACGUCAGCGAAGGGGCAAAGGCCGAAGGUGGCGUGUCGGGGGCGGGGCUGCUGAGGAGCCCAGCACCCUCGGGACCUCACACAAGGCGCCGGGUGACAAUGUAACCCAUCCACGGGGACAAACCUUAAGACAGAGGCUUCGGCGGCACAGAUUCAGGAACCUGGGACAAGUCAUCCUGACGCUUCAGACAGUACAGUUCUCUGCCCCUCUAUCAGCAGCAAAACAAGGGCUUAAGGCAGUGGAAACAGAUCGUCCGAGAAACAGAAGGGACCUGGCAGAGGCAGGAAACAUAUGAUCCAUGCCCUGGCUGGCGUAGCUCAGUGGAUUGAGCUCGGGCUGCGAACCAAAGCAUCGCAGGUUCGAUUCCCAGCCAGGGCACAUACUUGGGUUGCAGGC